AUGCCAGACCUAUCAGAAGAAUCCAGUUUCUACGGCUUGUACUCCCUCCAAUGCAAACGAACCCACCAACUAACCAACCCCACAGGUUCGGAGGAAGAGACAACACGUCUAGAAGAGGAAGUGUCCAAACUCGACACCGACCACUACUGGACAGACAUCCAUCCACAUGAGUACAAUACCAUCAAGCAAAACGUCCUUGCAGCCCGAGGAACCAUGCCCUCAUCGCCAUCCGAUGCAUCAGAUGCACCCGAGCCCAUGGACCUUACAACUUCACCCCCAUCAACCCCAAUCCCCACCCACGACUUCGACGUCCCAAUUUCAAGCACAGACACAACCCCAAUCAGACACAACCGCCCCUCACCCAACGAACCUAUAUCAUCCUUCCUCGCCCGUCUACGCCCAUCAUCCACCCUCUCCACAUCCCCCACAGGGUCCUGGAUAUACGUAUCCAGCUACAGUUACCAGAACCCCCAAGCGGACAUCAAGAAGCUUGUGAAAGACGGCACAGCCGAGCUAGGCGCGCACGAGGACAGGAUCUCCCAGGCGCGGGCCGAACACGCUAAGAAGCCGAAGAAGACGCAAACGCCGGCUGCGCUGACGCGCGAACUCACCAGGCACCGUGUAGAUCUGGAGAGGACGCUGUUUGCUCUGGCGCGGGAAACGGGUGUGGUUUCGGGCAAGUGGAUGUUGUUUAUCUCGCCGGCGAAGGUGGAUGAGGUGUGGGGGGUGGUGGCGGAGGCUACGGCGAAGGGGGAGUUGGGGUUCGGGGCUAAGGUGGCUACUGCUACUGCUACUGCUGGUGGUGGUGAAGAAGGGGGUUCAAACAAGACGAGGUUGAUUUGCAUCUAUACGAAGGAUUAUGAGGAUAGAGCUGAUGUGGAGAGGGUUUUGAGGAAGAUGGUAGCUUUGGAAUUGGUGGAUUUGGAUGGACGGCCGAUUUAUUAUAAGUGUGAUGCGUAUACGCAUUUGGAUAUCAAGGGGGGUAAUGUGUGGGGGUUGAGGGCGAGUAUGUACUCGAGUCGGGAUUUUGGGAAGAAGUAG